AUCAGCACAAUAGUAGUGCAGAUGAUAGCUUGACAUCAUACAUGUAAAUACCCAUAUAAGUGUCUUCUCUUGGAGGGCAUAGGCAGCCUAUGUGUAUUUGUAUAUGGCUCUUCCAGGCAUAGGUGUGUGUAUGUAUAGGUAGUACAUACGUGAGUGUUUUUUGCCUGUGGUCUUUGUGUUAAGGUAUCAUGGGGUUGAUCAGUAUUAGGGGGUGCAGUUGUUCUAGGCGGAUCAUGUACCUGUUCCUUAUCCUGGCACUGGUGCCCUUGGCACCUUGUCUUGCCCCUGAAUCCGGUAUUCCUGAAAACUCUGAGAAUGAGCCUCCUGGUAUCACCCCUUCAUCCUAUGAGACCGACCUGAUCCCCCACACCCCACAUGACAAUGAGACCCACGGAGGAGGACACAGGGGCAAACAAAAACUAUUCCCUGUUCUGUCUCUGGAUUACGAUCACGUCCGCGCACCGUUUGAGAUUGCUUUAUGGAUCCUCCUGGCUUGUCUGAUGAAGCUUGGGUUCCAUGUCAUUCCCACAGUGUCCAAUGUGGUUCCAGAGAGUUGUCUGCUGAUUGUGGUGGGGCUCUUGGUUGGUGGACUAAUCAAGGCAGUGGGUGAAACUCCUCCAGUAUUGAAGUCAGAUGUGUUUUUCCUAUAUCUGUUGCCUCCUAUCAUCCUGGAUGCUGGGUAUUUUUUACCUCUACGCCCUUUUACAGAGAACCUGGGGACUAUUUUAAUGUUUGCUCUGGUGGGCACACUCUGGAAUGCUUUCUUUGUGGGCUCCUUGCUAUUUGCUGUAUGCCAGAUUGGAGGUUCAAAACUUUCUGGGGUUAACCUGUUAGCCAACUUGCUCUUCGGCAGCAUCAUUUCAGCAGUGGAUCCAGUAGCUGUGUUAGCAGUCUUUGAAGAAAUUCACAUCAAUGAACUUCUUCACAUCCUAGUUUUUGGAGAAUCUUUACUCAAUGAUGCGGUCACUGUGGUCCUGUACCAUCUGUUUGAAGAAUUUGCUGGCCUGGAACAGCUCACAUUCCGUGAAAUCUCUCUAGGGUUCCUAAGUUUCUUUGUGGUGGCCCUGGGAGGAGUGUUUGUUGGAUUGGUAUAUGGCAUUAUUGCAGCCUUCACUUCCCGAUUUACUUCCCACAUCCGUGUUAUCGAGCCGCUCUUUGUUUUCCUGUACAGUUACAUGGCAUAUUUGUCUGCAGAACUGUUCCAUCUUUCCGGCAUAAUGGCUCUCAUUGCAUCUGGGGUGGUAAUGAGGCCUUAUGUUGAGGCCAAUAUCUCGCACAAGUCCCACACUACCAUAAAGUACUUCCUGAAGAUGUGGAGCAGUGUAAGUGAAACUUUAAUUUUCAUCUUCUUGGGGGUCUCCACUGUAGCAGGACCUCACGACUGGAACUGGACCUAUGUCAUCAGCACCUUAAUCUUCUGUCUGAUUGCACGCGUGCUAGGUGUCCUGGGGUUAACCUGGUUCAUCAAUAAAUUCCGAAUAGUCAAACUGACACCCAAGGACCAAUUCAUCAUUGCAUAUGGAGGACUGAGGGGGGCUAUUGCCUUCUCACUGGCAUACCUUCUAGAUAGUAGACACUUCCCAAAAAGAGAAAUGUUCCUCACCGCAAUCAUCACCGUUAUCUUCUUUACAGUCUUUGUACAGGGGAUGACAAUCCGUCCACUUGUUGAGCUGUUAGCAGUGAAGAAGAAACAAGAGAGCAAGAGGUCAAUUAACGAGGAGAUUCACACACAGUUUCUGGAUCACCUUCUGACAGGAAUUGAGGAUAUAUGUGGGCAUUAUGGCCACCACCAUUGGAAGGAUAAGUUGAACCGUUUCAAUAAGAAGUAUGUGAAGAAGUGCCUUAUCGCUGGAGAGAGGUCAACAGAACCACAAUUAAUUGCUUUCUAUCACAAAAUGGAAAUGAAACAAGCAAUUGAACUGGUAGAGAGUGGCGGCCUUGGGAAGAUCCCAUCCACAGUGUCUACAGUCUCUAUGCAGAAUAUUCAACCCAGACCCAAAGCAUCAGAAAGAAUCAUCCCAACUUUGUCAAAGGUAAAAGAGGAGGAGAUACGCAAGAUCCUUCGUACUAACCUACAGAAGACACGUCAAAGGCUGCGUUCUUAUAACCGACAUACAUUGGUAGCUGAUCCGUAUGAAGAUGCUUGGAACCAAAUGUUACUUCGCAGGCAGAAAGUGCAUCAGAUGGAGCAGCGGGCAACCAACUACUUAACAGUCCCUGCUCAUAAACUGGAUUCUCCCACCCUGUCCAGGGCCCGUGUGGGUUCAGAUCCUCUUGCUUAUGAACCAAAGUCAAACUCAAAGGACCUCCCAGUGAUCACCAUAGAUCCUGCAUCCCCCGAGUCAGUUGAUCUCAUGGAUGAAACACAAGAGGAUGAGGAUGAACGUGGACUCACAAUGAAAUCCAAGGAGCCACCCUCUCCUGGGGCAGACGAUGUCUUUGCCCCCAGUGAUAGCCCAAACUCUCAACGUCUGCAACGAUGCUUGAGUGACCCAGGUCCCCAGCCAGAGGAAAGUCAACCUUUUCUUCAAAAGCCAGAGUGAUCUCUUUGCCCUCCUAGACUAUACCGUGCUGAACAGAUAAGUCUGCCAGCAAAUGCUCUAAACCAGUGUGUACAAAAUAUCAUUGUGCACGGCUGGAGAAAAGAAUCUCACUUGAAACAUUUUCUCUUCUUUGUGCAGCACCUCUGUUGGCCCAUCUUCCUUCACAUUGCACCCCCUACAGCCUCCCUUUUAUUUUCCCUCCUCCCAUUCCUGUGGGCCUUUCUUUUAUAUUUGUAACCAAAGAAUAUUGAAUUAUUUUGUAUAUUUGAUUUGAUAUUUGGUUCACUGUAUAGCUAUAUAUAUUAUGUUUUCUAGGUGGUGAUUAGAUUAUAUUCUGCAUUAUGUAAAAGGGAAAAAAACUCCAGCCCCAGAGUAAAAGGAUUUUUUAAAUAGCCAGAUCCUGCUCUACUUAAA